AUCAAUUGCAAAUUCCGUAUUUAUUCGCUUGCCUUUCCUUCCCACCCCUGUUGACUGCCUUCCGUUCUAUAGUUCUAGACCCUUCUCCAAUCCCCUCCCAAGUCCCAACAACCCAUAGCAAAGACCAUCCAUGGCUCCGAUUGGCGUUGGAAGCACCCUCCCCGACGGCCAGCUUGCUUGGUUCGAUGAGAACGACCAGCUGCAGCAGGUCUCCAUCCACGCCCUAGCCGCCGGCAAGAAGGUCAUCCUCUUCGGCGUCCCUGGGGCCUUCACCCCCACCUGCAGCAAUCAGCAUGUACCAGGUUUCAUUAGUCAGGCUGAGCAGCUGAAAGCCAAGGGUGUAGAUGAGAUCCUGCUUGUCAGCGUCAAUGACCCCUUUGUCAUGAAGGCGUGGGCGAAGACAUACCCUGAGAACAAGCAUGUCAAAUUCCUUGCUGACGGAGCAGGAAAAUACACAAAUGUGCUUGGUCUUGAGCUUGAUCUUACAGAGAAAGGAUUGGGUCUCCGCUCGAGGCGGUUUGCGCUUCUUGCUGAUGACCUCAAGGUCACUGUUGCAAACAUUGAGGAGGGUGGUCAAUUCACAGUCUCUGGUGCCGAGGAGAUCCUAAAGGCACUGUAGGACCUUCAACUCUUUGGAACGCUUCCAGUGGAACCCCACUGAUCUGGUGUCUGAACUUGUCGGCCAAACUGCUUGUGCGAAUAAAUUAUCGAUGUGUACUACCUUGCUCUAUGUAAUGCGAUAAGAAUCAAUGAAGAUCCCUUUUUUAGGAAAGAAAUAUGUAUUUUGUGUAAAACUAUUUGUGGUGAUCAUUACUGUGGGAUCAAUUCGAUACUAUGUGUAACCUUUCCGAGUGCCAGUGCCAGUUCAUAUUGAGUCAUUUGACACUUCA